AUGCGCUAUCAGUAUGUCUGUCGCUAUUCUCUACUUUCCAUUGAGAUCAGACGGGGCCAAAUGAAGGAUGCCAGCCAGACAUGUCUCAGGCUAAUGCACAACACUCGAUCUGCAACCGAAUCCGAAGUCUCCAUGAAGCAGCACCAAGUGAUUGUCUACUUGACCCUCUGUGCGCUAGGAGAGGUUGCUGCUUGGUUUCCUGAGCCAUCGACGGCUGUGGAUCAUGCCGUGCGGUUCUGUGACCCUGCUGUUGGCUUUACAUUGGGUUGGAGCUACUGGCUCAAAUACUUGGUUGUUACUCCCAACCAAUUGACUGCGGCGGCGCUCGUGAUAUCAUAUUGGCUCGAUGCAAAGAACGUAAACCCUGGGAUCUGGAUUACGGCAUUUCUCGUAGUCAUUGGCUCUGUCAACUACUGGGCCGCUCGCUUCAUUGGACCAUACGAGUUCGCACUGUCAUCUUUCAAAAUCCUGGUCUUAAGGGGUUUCAGAUACUGGAGAGAUCCGGGCGCCUUUGCUUGCUACGGCAAUCAUGAACUUGUAGGAAAGCUACGAGCCAUCAGCAAGACUAUGCCCUCCACUAUAUUCGCGUAUUUGGGUAGUGAGCUUCUUGGGAUGACUAUGCUGCAAAGCGGGAACACACCAAAGGCUGCAUCGCGCGCCAUCAAGCUCACAUUCUAUCGAAUCUUAAUUUUCAACAUUGUCAGCGUAACUCUGCUCGGUAUGCUCAUUCCAUACGACUCCCAAGACUUGGCCUUUGCGAGCAACGCCUCCAAGCCGACAACAGUCUCGGUCUUUGUUGUGGCCAUUAGAAUGGCCCAUAUACCGACCCUUCCAAGCAUUCUCAAUGCGUGUUCUCUGCUGUUUGUUCUAUCAGCUGCUAACCAAGCCCUUCAUAUGGCGACCCAGAUCAUCCGUGGGCUAUCUCAGGAACAAAAAGCCCCCUCCUUCUUGUCAAGAACUGACCGUAGGGGUGUUCCUGUUUAUUCGUUGGGCACAUGCGCAAUUCUAGCAUCAUUGGCGUAUCUAAGCAUUUACAACGACUCCAAGGUUCUUUUCGGGUACUUUGUUAACAUAAUCACCAUGUUCAGCCUUCUCACUUGGAUCUCAAUUCUGAUCACGCAUAUUUCAUUUGUGCGCGCGCGCAAGGCCCAAAAAGUUCCUAACUCGGCACUGGUCUUUAGAGCUCCCUUCGGCGCUUGCGGGUCAUGGGUCGCUCUGAUCAGCUGCAUUCUCCUUUCAUUGAUGAGAGGCUUGGAUGUCGCAGAGCUAGCCACUCAUCCAGAAGCAUUCGACUAUAUGACUUUGAUUACGUCGUAUAUCGCUGUUCCUCUCUAUCUGUCCCUUGUCAUUGGAUACAAGGUCGUGACCCGAUGCAAGAGCGUCAACCCCGCUGAGGCUGAUCUCUGGACCGUUACAACGAUUCGUGAGCGACAUGAUACAAAGCCAAAGCCUUCAGAACGGGAAAACAGGGCGUUGGCAGAGCAAAACCACUGGUUGUGGAAUCGUUUCGUUGCAGCAUGGUUGUUGUGAGGUCGUUUUUGCCCAGGACCAUGUGCACCCUAUGUUACUUUCGGUAUCCUUAGA